CCUGGAUCCGGCUGAAGAGAAGCGUCGCCAUAGCAACCGCGCCGGAAACAGCGGAAAGGAAGAUGGCGGCCGGAAGGGGGAGAGCGGUCUCUGCUGGAAGUGACGCGGUUUCUGAGGCGAGAGAGCUUCCUCAACCAUGAAUCCCCUCCGCCGCCCUCAGCCUCGCCUUCUCUUUGUGGGAGAAGGGAAUUUCUCCUUCUCAGCUGCUUUGUGUGAAGCAAAGGGCUGCAAGGUCUGCAUCAUCGCAACCUGCUUUGAGAGCGAAGACGUGGUUUCCAGGCAAGCGCUUUCUCGAUCCAAUGUGGAAUACCUGAGGAGCAGAGGGGCUGAAGUUCGUUUCUGUGUUGACUGCACAAAACUGCAGGAGGUCUUCUUGCCUGCGGAGAGGGAUUUCGAUUGCAUUUAUUUCAAUUUCCCCCAUUGUGGGAGAAAAGCCGGAGUGAAGAAGAACCGGGAGCUUCUUGCCAAGUUUUUCUGCAGUUGUGCAGAGGUCCUGGCCGAGAAGGGAGAGGUCCAUGUGGCGCUCUGCAGGGGGCAAGGCGGGACCCCCGCUGACCAUCCCAGGAGGGAAUGGCACAACAGUUGGCAAGUCGUGGCCAUGGCUGCAGAGGCCGGAUUCAUCCUCAGCGACAUCCACCCCUUUUGCGACAAGGACGCACGUGGAUAUACAUGCACAGGAUACAGAAGUCAGGAUAAGUCCUUUUGCGUAGAAGGCGCCUUGAACCACAUCUUCACAAGAAGUUCCUCUUUGCAAAACCCUGGACCUGGGAUCUGUCACACAAAAUUGGGAGGCGAGACUAUUUCCUUCCAGGUUCCAGAUGUAUUUCGAGAUAAAAUAAGCAGGGGCUUUCUAGACAGGGAUUCAGAACAUCCUAUAAGAACCAUACUUGAAAAGCUUGUGGACGGACUCAAUGAAUCAUUCCCAGUUCAGAGAGUAGACUCUUCCCUUCCCUUGGUUUUCCAAGGAAGCUCCAGCUCUCCUUCCUCUCUGGAGGCCUUUUGGAAAGUUCAAAUAAACGGAAACCCAGACGGUGUGGUUAGCAAAACUCCAAAGGAAACCGAAGCCGUAUCCUUUCCUGGCUGGGAAUAUACUGAUCAGAGAAGCCAUUUAAUUGGCCAGGAAAGGGACUGUGUCUCGGGGAAAUACUAUUUGAGGCCUUCUCUGCUGCUUUCUCUUCAUGAAGUGUUUGAAGAGGCAGAGUUUCCUCUGGGGACUUUGUUGGUUUUGAGCGGAUUGGCCUUUAGGAACUGCACGAUCUCGGACUAUUCUCUGCCUGUUUAUCACGAGGCUCUUUUCGCCAUUUUGACGAACAAAGACUCGGAAGACGCGUUUUCGCAUCUCCUUGUGAAAAACCUCACAAGGACGUUGAACUCCUUGCUCCAAGAAGCAGGUUUCGAGUUGGACUGUGCAACAGAUGAGCCGGAAUUGCUCGCCUUUUUAACUCCUAAUCCAAAAUACUUUAUCACUAUGACUCUGAACCAGGCUCCAAAGAAGAAGCUUUGCGUGGGGGUGAUUCAUACAGUCCCGUGCCGGUUGAUGAACACGGAUAGAGAAAUCGUGUGCGUUUCACUGAACCUUGAUCUUCUCACUAUGUGGAUAUGUGGGAUCCCUGACUGGCGCCUUCUCUGGACGUGGGAUGAGCGUUUCCUGGCGCAGUUUGCAGGAGGGCGUUUGGGGCCCUUUGAAGCCUUCUCACUCCACCCGCCCUCCUAUGUGCAUGACAUCAGCUUCUGGGUCACCAAAGCCAGUGAAUUCAGUGAAGUCCAGCUCCAUGCCAUUGCAAGGGCUGCAUCCCAUGACAUGGUGGUCUCUGUCCAGCUUCUGGACCGCUUCCUGCAGCCCGGCUCUGGCCAGAGCAGCCUCUGCUUCAGGCUCACUUACCAGUCCUGCGACCGGGCGCUCAGUCAAAAGCAGGCAGCCAACAUGCAGGCUGAGCUGAGAAAAGAGGUCCAGCGCCGCCUCCACGUGACUCUCAGAUACUUGGGAAAGUUCCCUUUGGGGGCUCCAGCUCCAAGCCAGGAAGGAGGCAGGAUAAGUCGCGCAUGCGCAGAGAUCUCUGCCCGGACUCAUCAUGGCGGCUUCCGGGCUCUUGCGUUGAAGUGUAUUCCCUCUGGCGGCAAAGUGGGCGGAGCCAUCGCCCUGUUGUUGCCCGCGCUCAAGAUGGCGGCCAGAGGGGCCCGGCUGCGGGCUCGAGGAAGCGGCGGGGACGGACCUCUCCCGGCUCCCGAGGAGCCUCGAGCCGAGCCAACUGGGGGCAAAGCCAGCCACGUUUGGGCCCCCGAAGGAUCCACAGCCUUCAAGUGCUUAAUCUCCGCCAGGUUCUGUGCUGCCCUCCUGAGCAACAUCUCCGACUGCGACGAGACUUUCAAUUACUGGGAACCGAUGCACUACCUCGUUUACGGGAAAGGCUUCCAGACGUGGGAAUAUUCCCCUGUCUAUGCCAUCCGCUCUUAUGCAUAUCUGUGGCUCCAUGCCUUACCGGCUGUCUUCCAUGCCAGAGUUCUGCAAACCAACAAGGUUCUGAUCUUCUAUUUCCUGCGCUGUCUUUUGGCCUUCCUGAGUUGUGUGUGUGAGCUUUACUUCUAUAAGGCAGUGUGCAAGAAGUUUGGGCUGCAUGUGAGCCGCCUCAUGUUGGCCUUCUUGGUGCUCAGCACUGGGAUGUUCUGCUCAGCGGCUGCCUUCCUCCCCAGCAGCUUCUGCAUGUACAGCACCAUCGUGGCCAUGACCGGGUGGUACAUGGACAAGGUCUCCCUGGCUGUCCUGGGGGUGGCGGCGGGGGCCAUCGUGGGCUGGCCCUUCAGCGCCGCACUCGGGCUUCCCAUUGCCUUUGACUUCCUGAUCCUGAAAAGGAGGUGGAAGAGCUUCCUAAAGUGGUCUCUUGUGUCGCUGGUGGUGUUUCUGGUUCCUCUGGUGGCCAUUGACAGUUAUCACUACGGGAAGCUGGUGGUGGCUCCUCUCAACAUUGUCUUGUAUAACGUCUUCACGCCACACGGACCAGAUCUUUAUGGCACCGAGCCCUGGUCCUUCUAUUUCAUCAAUGGCUUCCUGAACUUCAACGUGGCUUUCGCUUUGGCGCUUCUGGCCUUGCCUUUGACUUCUCUCAUGGAAAGUUUGCUACAGAAGUUUCAAGUUCAGAACCUGGGUCGUCCCUAUUGGCUGACGCUUUCCCCAAUGUACCUCUGGAUGCUGAUUUUCUUCAGUCAGCCCCACAAGGAGGAGCGGUUCCUGUAUCCCGUCUACCCCCUGAUUUGUCUCUGUGGAGCCGUGGGACUCUCCGCCCUUCAGAAAUGCUACCACUUCGUCUUCCAGCGCUACCGCCUGGAGCACUACACUGUCUCUUCCAACUGGCUGGCCCUGGGGACAGUCUUCGCCUUCGGGCUGCUCUCUGUGUCGCGCUCCGUGGCCUUGUUCCGAGGCUACCACGGGCCUCUGGACCUCUACCCAGCAUUCCACAGAAUCGCCACGGAUCCCACGGUUCACACGGUGCCGGAAGGGAGGCCGGUCCACGUCUGUGUCGGGAAGGAGUGGUAUCGCUUUCCCAGCAGCUUCCUUUUGCCCCAUAAUUGGCAGCUUCAGUUCAUUUCGUCGGAAUUCAGGGGCCAGUUGCCCAAACCGUUUGCCAAGGGACCCAUGGCCACACGCAUCAUUCCGACAGAGAUGAAUGACCAAAACCAGGAGGAACCUUCCAGAUACUUCGACAUUUCCAAAUGCCAUUACCUGGUGGAUUUAGAUACCCCGACCGAAGCGCCCCGGGAGCCGAGGUACGCGGCUAACAAAGAGGAGUGGACGACGAUCGCCUACAAGCCCUUCCUGGACAGUUCGAGGUCUUCGAAGCUGUUCCGGGCCUUCUACGUCCCCUUCCUCUCCGACCAGCACACCACCUUCGUGAACUACACCAUCCUCAAGCCCCGGCGGUUGAAGCAAGGCAGGAAGAAGGCCGGCGGUGGCUAGAGCCUGGGGAAAAAAGAGAUCGAGCGAACGACACGAACAAGACAGGUUUCUUUCUCCCCACCGUCCUUUUUGUCCAGCGUGGCUUGGCGCUCUCAAGAGGAGAGACAACCACCACGGUUGUGAAGGGUUCCCGUUGUUGGAUGGCUGGAUGGGUGGUCUGCAGAGAGACCAAGGGUGGGUUGGGUUUGAUAAAACUAUUCCGAACCCUCUCCUGGGAUUACGCAAGCAGCAGACCCGCCUGUUGCUUUCCUUGUUGGAUAGUCAACAGAGGACUUGCCUUGACGAAAAGGACUACUCGACAAGGCAGUAAGUAGGCAUCUCCGCAGUUUCUUCCUCCUCCGUUGAAACUUUUCCCGCCUGUCUUGGAAGGGGUGGGUGCAUUUGUUUGUGUGUUUUCCUUCCUUAAAUUAUUCUACUUGGAGAGGACUGCAGCAUCGGGCACCUCCAGGUUUCAAAACAAACUGACUUGCACUUUUUAGAAAACAUUCAUGGAGAGAGAAAACGUUUUCCCAAGACUUCCGUUGUCGUUGUCGUCGGCUUUUGCCAAAAAAACGAGGGGGUUGUUUCAUUUUAAAUAGGUAUUGUUUUAUUUUUUUACUCCUAUCCAGUCUGGGUCCAUUAGGGAAACAAUAUUGACAUUGUUUUUGUCGAAGGCUGUCAUGGCCGGAAUCACUGGGUUGCUGUGAGUUUUCCGGGCUGUCUGGCCAUAUUCCAGAAGCAUUAUUUCCUGACGUUUUGCCCUCAUCUAUGGCAGACAUCCUCAGAGGUUGUGAGGUCUGUUGGGAUGCUUGUGUAAAGAGAUCCUACACCAUGUUGUUGAAGGCUUUCAUGGCCGGAAUCACUGGGUUGCUGUGAGUUUUCCGGACUGUCUGGCCAUAUUCCAGAAGCAUCAUUUCCUGACGUUUUGCCCUCAUCUAUGGCAGACAUCCUCAGAGGUUGUGAGGUCUGUUGGGAUGCUUGUGUAAAGAGAUCCUACACCAUGUUGUUGAAGGCUGUCAUGGCCGGAAUCACUGGGUUGCUGUGGGUUUUCCGGGCUGUCUGGCCAUAUUCCAGAAGCAUCAUUUCCUGACGUUUUGCCCUCAUCUAUGGCAGACAUCCUCAGAGGUUGUGAGGUCUGUUGGGAUGCUUGUGUAAAGAGAUCCUACACCAUGUUGUUGAAGGCUGUCAUGGCCGGAAUCACUGGGUUGCUGUGAGUUUUCUGGGUUGUCUGGCCAUGUUCCAUAAGUAUUUUUUCCUCACAUUUCUCCAGAGAAGCCAUUGAAAAUGCUUUGUCUUGUAUAGGCAUUGAAUACUUGCCAUAGGUUUGGAAACCGCCCUGAGUCCCUUUGGGGAGAUAGGGCAGUAUAUACUAUAAAUAAAAAACUCACAGCAACCCAAUCCUGACAUUGUAAACGAUGGAUAAAGGAGAGCUUUCUCUCACCCACCCUUCACUGUCCUCUGUUGUGUGCAGUCUGUACUUGAUUAAAAACAAGACUUUGA